AUGUUAAAAGAUGAAUUCGUUCUUCCAAAAACUACUAAGAAAACUUCAUGGUGUGAUAUAACUACCUUAUUACUAAAAACUGAAUAUCCUCACGGUUUGAACUUACUUGAUUGUGAAGAAACCAUUUCCCAAGUAUCCAGUAUCUCAGUUUCCCCUCUUCCAUCAGUUAAAAUGGAAAGCAGUUGUCCUCCAUGUCCAGCUCCUGUCAUUUCCCCACAGACACAUCACCUUUCACAGACAGAUCAACUCUCAGGAACGGAUCGAACUAAGAAUCUUGCGGUUACUUCAGGUUUUACAGCAGUUGGAACACUUGGCACCUUAUUUUUUUUAUAUAGGUUUACCCCAAUGGCGUCCUGGUUCAGAAGGCCAGGUAUGAAUAAUAUAGGAACAGAUCUAUAUAUGAAUUCAGGCGCAGAAAGUUUCCUARGAAUGCAGAAUGAGAAUGGUGGUAAUAAUCUAUUUUACCAACCAUAA